UAGUCAACAAUUGCCAGGAUUUUGCUCAAGUCCGCCUAUCGACAUCAAUUUGACCGAGCAGAUACUGGGUACAUUCAAGACACAUUCUCCAUUAUCUCAAUCAGUUUUAGCCAUUGGCGAAUGAGCUAGCAUGUCAUCGGCUUCCAUUGAAGGCCAUGAGAACCCGGGCUUCGAUAUCGACAAGGACGACUCUUUGGUGUUGGCGCCGGAACCUCGUCGAAGGGUGGAAUUCCAGACUCAGGAGUCCGAAUAUCACUUCACGCCCAAGAAAGAGGUGCUCAAAGGUUGGGAUGCUUUUAUUCAGAGCGAGGAUGAAAGCAAAUCCGCUUCCGAUAAGAACACUGGUCUCAUCAAGAAGGCGUCGAUCGUGCUCAAAAUCCUGACCAUUAUCGUCGUGUUUGGGGUGGUUCUCAUUGGAGCACUGGUGUCCAAAGGAUCAUUGAUGUUCAUGCUUGCUCAAGCAAGCUAUAGACAAAGUACGGUGGUGACUUGCACCUACAACAUUACUAAUGAUAACGGUACCAUCCAAUCUGAUCCUGAAAACAAUGUGGCAUGGCUGUGGUGCAUCUUCUUUUCCUUUUUGGGCCCUGAGUUGUUGACUUUUCUGAAAUGCGUUCGAGUGUGCAUAAUGCGGACCGUGGCACGACCCAAAUGGGACGCGUUCCUCAUUGUGUUCUUGAUGGAAACAUUACACGUUAUCGGAUUGGCCUUUUUGUUCUUUGCGGCUCUGCCUGGACUGGAUUCGAUCAAAGCUCUCAUGUUGACCAGCUGUAUAGCUUUCAUUCCUGGGCUGUUAAUGCUCCUCAAUUGGAAUAUUUGGGCCAAGUCGUGGCAGAGAUAUGUAAUCAUUACCCUUAACGCCUUAAGCUUCCUUUUGCAAGCCAGUGGAUUGAUUGCUUGGCCAGUGGCCAAUAUUGAAUGGGCGGGGAAGCCCAUGGAAAUAAGCAAUUCUUGGGCCCUUGCCGUUGGGAUUUUAUUGACAUCGUUUGGAUGGUGGGAGAGCUUUGUGACCCAAGAGUCGUCGUUCAUUGUGGCCAAAUUCCUAUGGGGGAUCAAAACCGACAUGUUCGAGUUGCACACACGCUUCUUCACAUAUUUGUUCACAUCAGUGUGGAAGAUCUUCCUGUUUUUCAUUUUGUUCAUUGUGUUCCCCGUGACCUUUGGUAACAUUCCAAACUCUGGUUUCCUCUUCGAUCAUUUCCAUUCCUCAUUUGCUACAUCCAACUUUACAGUGGAUACCGGAGACGAGAUCAGUUCCGAGCUCGUCAGCUAUCACUUCCCUGUAAAGGUUUUGGCAACUCAAUUAUUCUGCGGUUACGCCACGUACGUUUUUGGCAAGUUUGCCUGCAAAGUGAACAUUCAACGCAUAGCCUUUGCUCUUCCAUUAACCUUGGUGAUGCCUGUGUCCAUCACAACGUUGUGUCUAAUGUGCAAGGCACGCAACGAUGAUCAUUGUGCCUUCUCUAAUGAUUGGGGCGCGUUUUCUUUCUUCCAAUGCCCUGAAAAUGCAACUGGGAAUCAAUUUGUACAGGAGCUAGGAUGGAUUUGGAUCCUCUGGGCCUUGUCCAACAUGUGGAUCGUGAAUCAUAUUUGGUUUCCCAAAAGUCAACGUUUAGCUUCCACUGAGCAAAUGUUCGGCGUUCCCUGGUAUUGUGGACUAUUGGUGGACCAAUCCCUUAUGGCCAAUCGAAGAAGCGAUAAAGGUCGUGCUCGCAUGAGAUUGGACGCCAAAGGUCAAAAGGUCAAUCACGCUGUUAGCUAUGAUGGUCAUCCCGAUGAUGAAGAAAAACAGAAGAAAAGAAGAGCCUUUGCGCUACCUUCAAGAGAAGUUGUAGCUCAAUUGAAUCCGGAAGAUCAGAUUACAAGAAUAAAAGGAUGUGCCACCAUGUGGCACGAAUCCCCCGAAGAGAUUUGCGAGAUGCUGAAGUCUAUCUUCAGGAUUGACGAGGACUACAGCGCCAGGCAAAUGGUUAAGCAGCUUGAAUUGAAGGACCCCGAUUACUAUGAAUGGGAAACCCAUAUAUUUUUUGACGAUUGUAUGGAACCCACGGACGACCGUAAACACUCUCAGGUCAAUCAGUUUGUGAGACUAUUGCUGGAUCAGGUGGAUAUUCAGGGCAAGAAAUGGUAUGGCACCAGGAAUUUGAAAGUUCCACCACCAGCCAAAUAUACCACACCUUAUGGCGGACGUUUGGAAUGGGUAUUGCCUGGUCAGACCAAGAUCAUUUGCCACCUGAAGGACAAAAAUAAGAUCCGGCAUAAGAAGAGAUGGAGCCAGUGCAUGUACAUGUACUACUUCUUGGGUUUUCAACUCAUGGACAACCCAAAACUGACGGCGGCCCAGAAGGAUUGCCGAGCCAUGAACACCUAUUUGCUGGCCUUGGACGGAGACGUCGAUUUCCAGCCUGAUGCGAUCAUCAAGCUCGUGGAUUUGAUGAAAAGAAACCCAGAUGUGGGAGCCAGCUGUGGCCGAAUUCAUCCCACCGGCUCUGGAUAUAUGCAAUGGUAUCAAAUGUUUGAAUACGCCAUCGGGCAUUGGCUUCAAAAGGCAACGGAGCACGUUAUGGGUUGCGUACUCUGCAGUCCAGGUUGCUUCUCUUUGUUCCGAGGCAAGGCUGUGAUGGCUGAGAAUGUCAUGAGGACUUACACCACCGUGGCCACGGAGCCUAAGCACUUUGUCCAAUAUGAUCAGGGCGAGGAUCGCUGGCUUUGCACCUUACUACUCCAGCAGGGCUGGCGGGUUGAGUAUUCGGCCGCCAGCGACUCCUUUACAGCUUGUCCCGAGGGUUUCAAAGAGUUUUAUAACCAAAGACGACGAUGGAUGCCCUCCACUUUGGCCAAUAUUAUCGACCUCCUAGGCGAUUGGCGCCGAGUGAUCCGCAAUAACGAUGAUAUUUCCAUUUUUUAUAUCAUUUAUCAAGUCAUGAUGAUGAUUGGUACCAUUCUAGGCCCAGGGUCCAUAUUUCUCAUGUUGGUUGGAGCUUGUGGUGCAGCAUUUGGUUUGUCGAACUGGGCUUCCUUUGGAAUCAAUUUGGCUCCUAUGGUCAUCUUCAUUUUGGCUUGUCUCCUGACAAAGUCGGACACCCAAAUCAUUGUGGCUCAAGUGUUGAGCAUAGCCUACGCCUUGGUCAUGAUGGCAGUUCUGGUUGGGCUUCUUCUUGAGAUCAAAGAAUCCGGUUGGUUGGCUCCCACCACCUUAUCCUUCAUAUUUGUCGCGGGGGUAUUCAUUUUGGCGGCCUUCUUGCAUCCUCAAGAAUUUUGGUGUCUGCCCAUGGGUCUCAUUUAUUACAUCACCAUCCCAUCGAUGUACCUGUUCCUUGUUAUCUAUUCCUUCUUCAACCUCAACGUUGUUUCAUGGGGUACCAGAGAGGUGGUUCAGAAAUUGAGUGCCGAAGAAAUGGAAGAGGCCAAGAAAAAGGCAGAAGAACAGGCCAAGAAACCCCCUGCCAAGAAGUCUGGGUUUAUGUCAUUCUUCCAGAGAGACCGCCUUUUGGAGUUUUCUUUAACAAAAAUGUUCACAGACAAGAACGGAGUGAAAAGCCAAUUGGAGAAUAUGCAAGAAAAACUGGAAAAAAUUGAAAUGGCUUUGGAACGAGAAGGAUAUCCAUUGCCAGAGAAGCCUGAAGAGGAAGCAGAAAUAGAGAAGGAAACGACCACAAUCCGGAAGCCCAUUGUCCGCAUCAUGGAACCACCACGUGAUGAGAUGAAAAACCCUUUUUGGAUUGAACAAGACUGCCUGAGCACAAGUAAGAGAAAAUAUCUUCCAAAUAACGAAAUCACGUUUUGGCACGAGGUGAUUGAAAAAUACCUAAAACCUUUGGACAAGAACCCGGAAAAGGAAGAACAAAUUGCGCUGGGCCUGAAGGAAUUGCGAAAUCAAGUGGUCUUUUCCUUCCUGAUGAUCAACUCUAUUUGGGUCUUAACCGUGUUUUUGCUUCAACAGAACAAGGAACAACUCUUCAUCCAAUGGCCAUUCGGAGACGAUCUGCAACUCGAGCCACUUGGCCUUCUUUUCGUGAUAUUUUUUGCUUUCGUCCUCUUCGUUCAACUUGUUGGUAUGCUCUUGCACAGAAUUAUGACCUUGGGUCACAUUGUGUCCUCGACCAAAAUCAAAGUGUCCAUCAAAUCCAUGCUUGGGAAGAAGGAAACGCAAUUUGAUGGAGACAAAUUCCUCCAGCGGAACGCCGUGGAAAUGUUCAAAAACCUACAAAGUACCUACAUGCCUGAAUCAGACUCACAGAAUAAAAAUCUUGAGAGCGUGCUUGAGAUGGCCAUGGAUCAGGUAGCUCAAGGACAUGAUGAUAGCGUCCGAAGAGCCUCAAAUAUGUCCCAAGGAAAAGCCAAUCUUCUACGACGGGCUGAGACAAUCAAAGCCCUGAAACGGAGACAAACCACGAGACGCCAAUCGAUGAAGCCCACAAUGCGACCUCAAAGACACGAAUCGAGUCGCCCCGAUAGUUCCUCAUCGGACUCUCAUGAAGAGAUCUAGGAUAUUUCUACUUUUAUUUAACAUGUUUGUACAUAAUUUAUAACAAUAAACCCUGUAUAAUUGAUCAGA